AUGGCCAACGCGUCGGGGGAGUUCGUUACUAAGCCAGAUUUCUGUGACUACGGGAACCAGAUGGACAGGGGCCCCGUGGACCAAGAGAAGCUCACGGAGGCCAAGGAUAUGUCGCGGGCUAUCCACGAGGUUGCAUCAAACCUGGGCUUCAACCAGCUCAGCAUGGAGAAGGCCCUGAAGGACGUCGCUGGCGACGGGGCCAGCAUCAAAUUGCGCGGGCGCUUCAUCGACGAAUGGGCGACCGAGCAGUCGAAACGGGGCGGCGGGCCCCAGUGGUUCAAGGCGCUCGGCAUCUUCGGCGAGGGUGAGCAUGAGGAUGGGGAUGAGGACCCCCGGCCGCUGGUGUCGAAGCGCCCUGCAGCAGCCUGCCCAGGCUCGGUCAGCGACGACGAUUCAGCGAAGACCAGGAAGAGGAUCAAGGCGAAGUCGGGCGGCAGCUCGAUCGUCGAGGUCGCCGGGCCCGCUGCGGUCAGCUCGCCGCCAAAUCCCGACGAGGGCGACUUCGAGUGCGGCUUCGACGCAGAGAUGCAGUGCGCUUGGCGCAAGAAGAUCAACGGGGGCAAGAAGGCCGUCAUCGAGUUCUCCGAGGACGUCUGGGUUCCAGAGCUUGCCAAGCGCUGCGACCCUGCGAUGGCUAAGUUUCCGAGCGGCUACGCGCGCGAGAUGCUGAUGUGCACCGUGGCCAUGUGGCAGAACGGCGAAGAUCAGGUCCCCGCUGCCACGGACAAGGAGAAGAAGGACAAGCCCUCGGAGAAGGAGAAGAAGGACAAGCCCUCGGAGAAGGGCAAGUCGCCGCAGCAGCAGGGCGAGGAGUUCGAGACGGCGACGGGCGCGGGAGAGAAAAAAAAGCUCAGGUGGGAAACGCAGAAGGGCGAUGACGUCGUCUCUGUCAAUUUCAUCUGGGACGGGCCCAAGGGCUCGCAGAAGCAACGGUUGUGCAGAGUCCAGGAGAACGGCGAGAACUUCUUCAAUAUCAACUGCAAGCGCUUCGACUCCGAGGAGGACGCCAUGGGGUUCAUGAAGAAUCGGGCGCUUCGCUACGCCGCUGGGGCGAUCACCGAAGAAGAGGCCGAGCAGGAGAAGAAGCACUACAUCGACCAGAGGGCGCCGCGGACCGCCGAGGAGAAGCCGAACGCCGCGAGGAAGAAGCCGCGGACCACCGAGGAGAAGCCGAAGGUCGCGGACGGGGUGCAGACUCCGCCGCCCGCGCGCCCGCGCUGCCCAUCGCCUCAGCCACGGAUCUCGGCUGGGGAGGCUGGGGCGGUGCACAGUCAGAGCGAGAGGGAGCUCGAGGGCGAUCUCACGCAGUCGGGCGUCAUGGCCAAGUCCAAGGGCUCGAACGAGAUCGCCGGGGGCGUGCACUCGCCGCUGCCCGAGCAGCCCGCCCCAGCCGCGCUGGUGGAGGACAUCCCGUCGCGCGCUGGGCAGGACGGGCGCGCCGAGGAGUUCGCGGUCGUGGGGGGCCACGUCCGCGCGGAGGGAUUGACUGACAACGAGCACUCCACGGACGGCGGCUGCGACCCAACCCAGCAGGCUCGCUCGCAGGACGUCGACGCCGCGCUGGCGCCCUUCGACGGCGAGCAGGCGCACUCGACCACGAUCCAGCAGCGCUUCGCGGCCCCUUACGCUUUCGAGCGGGCGCAGCCGCUGCAGGGGGACGAGGCCCCAUCCGAGCAGCCUGCCCCGUCAGAUGCAGGGGGCACUUGCGAGAAGUUGGACGUGGACGCUGCAGUGGACACGACGGGCGAGGCCGAGGAGAGCGAGGGAUUGGCCCAGCUGAUUCGGACCCAGGGCGAACGCGCCGCCGACAUCCAGCGACAGAUGAACGUGACGAAGGCGGAGUCGGCGCUCCUCGCCGAGGCCGAUCGUCUGAUGCAGAGGUUCCGCCCAGGAGGAGUGUUUGGCGCCCAUGGCGAUGGGCCACCUGUGGACGCCGACGGCUCGGCGGCCGCGAAGCCGCCAAGCCUCGUCAACGCCGAGAAGAUGCUCAUGGAGAGGUUCCUGAAGAUGCAGGGCGGCGCGCAGGACGAGGAUGAUGCGGAGGACAAGCUGGACGGGAUGCUCGAGGAAGCCUUGAAGGUCCACACCGACGCCGCGCUGGAGAGUGCGUUCGCUUGA